AUCAUCAUCCGCUCUCUCGCUCUCUCAGAACAACUCAAAAACCCCACCGUUUCCAGCCCAAAAAAAAAAAAGAAGGAAAAAAAGGCCCUGUUUUUUGAGAUGGCUCUCCUAAAGCCUCAUCCUCUUCCUGUCCGUCUAAUCGCCACCCGCUUCUUCUACUCUUCGUCUCUCAAAUCCCGCCCCUGCAAUCUAUCCCUCUCUCUUUCCCGCCCCUUCUUCAAGAGCAGGACGGAUUUUAGGCUCGGUAGGGCUUUAAGUGGGUUCCCGUCUAAAAAUCCGGGUGUUCUGAGGGCAUUUAUGUCAUCUAGCACAGCGACUGAAGCUUUUCAGGAGAAGCCGAGCUCGACUGCUUACAAUUCUGACCAGAUUCAGGUAUUGGAAGGGUUAGAUCCUGUCCGUAAAAGACCAGGAAUGUAUAUUGGAAGUACAGGUCCUCGCGGUUUGCACCAUUUGGUUUAUGAAAUAUUGGAUAAUGCUGUAGAUGAAGCUCAGGCAGGAUAUGCUUCCAAGAUAGAUGUAGUUUUAUGUGCAGAUAAUUCUGUGAGCAUCACUGAUAAUGGACGUGGGAUUCCUACAGAUUUACAUCCCAGUACCAAAAAAUCUUCUCUGGAGACAGUUUUGACGGUCUUACAUGCGGGGGGCAAGUUUGGUGGUUCAAGCAGUGGCUACAGCGUCUCUGGGGGAUUGCAUGGUGUGGGCUUAUCUGUUGUUAAUGCCUUGUCUGAGGCAUUAGACGUUACUGUUUGGCGGGAUGGAAAAGAAUACCAGCAGAACUAUUCCCGUGGAAAGCCAGUGACAUCUCUUAUAUGUAAGAAGCUGCCUGCUGCAUCAAGUGCUCAAGGAACUUGUAUCAAGUUUUGGCCUGAUAGAGAAGUGUUCACCACGACAGUUGUGUUCGACUACAACACAAUAGCUGGGCGUAUUAGGGAGUUAGCUUUCUUGAAUCCGGAGCUUACGAUCGCUCUAACUAAGGAGGAUGCUGAUCCAAAGAAGACACAAUAUAAUGAGUAUUGCUAUGCUGGUGGAUUGGUUGAGUAUGUGAGAUGGCUAAAUACUGAUAAGAAACCUCUUCAUGAUGUUCUAGCUUUCAAUAAAGAAAUGGAUGGAGUCACAAUUGAUAUCGCUCUUCAAUGGUGUGCAGAUGCCUAUACAGACACGAUGCUCGGAUAUGCUAACAGCAUUCGUACAGUUGAUGGCGGUACCCAUAUAGAUGGCAUGAAAGCUUCAUUAACAAGAACUCUCAAUAACCUUGGCAAGAAGUCCAAGAUAAUCAAGGAGAAGGAUAUUAGUUUAAGUGGUGAGCAUGUAAGGGAGGGCUUAACAUGCGUGAUCUCAGUCAAAGUUCCAAGCCCAGAGUUUGAAGGACAAACUAAGACAAGGUUGGGGAAUCCAGAGGUUCGUAGAGUGGUUGAACAAUCCCUUCAAGAACAUCUUACUGAGUAUUUAGAGUUGCAUCCUGAUGUACUGGAUUCAAUUCUCUCCAAGUCUCUCAAUGCUCUAAAGGCAGCUAUGGCAGCCAAGAGGGCAAGGGAAUUGGUGAGAACAAAAAGUAUCCUGAAAUCAUCUUCUCUCCCUGGCAAACUGGCCGAUUGCUCAGCCACAAAUCCUGAAGAAGCUGAGAUAUUUAUAGUUGAAGGUGAUUCAGCCGGUGGUAGUGCAAAGCAAGGUCGUGAUAGGCGUUUCCAGGCUAUUUUGCCCUUAAGGGGUAAAAUUCUGAACAUCGAAAGAAAGGAUGAAGCUGCAAUGUACAAAAAUGAAGAAAUCCAAAAUCUUAUUCUUGCUCUUGGACUUGGAGUGAAGGGAGAAGAUUUUAAAAAGGAGGCCCUUCGCUACCAUAAGAUCAUCAUUUUAACUGAUGCUGAUGUGGAUGGGGCUCACAUUCGAACUCUUCUGUUGACAUUUUUCUUUAGAUAUCAGAAAGCACUAUUCGAAGAAGGAUGCAUCUAUGUUGGUGUUUCACCUCUUUAUAAGGUUGAGCGUGGUAAGCAAGCACACUACUGUUACAAUGAUGCAGACCUUAAACUCCUCCUGAACACUUUUCCUGCGAAUGCAUCCUACAGUAUCCAGCGGUUCAAAGGCUUAGGAGAGAUGAUGCCUGUGCAAUUAUGGGAGACGACAAUGGAUCCGGAGAAAAGGACGUUAAAACAAUUGGUAGUUGAAGAUGCUGCAGAAGCAAAUGUCAUGUUCUCCUCUCUCAUGGGUGCCCGAGUUGAUGUUCGGAAGGAACUGAUACAGAACUCUGCAAGCAUGAUCAACCUGGAGCAUCUGGAUAUUUGAGGAUGAUUUGGUGAACGACUGUAAAAUCUUCUACCUGAUGCAUGCAGUUCAACACAGGUCUUGAUCAAAACCUUCAGCAUUUCUGUAUCUACCAGAAAAGUUUCUUUCAGUGCAUGCAUAUUCAUUUUCCAUAGUGAGGCAGCUCAGUGUCAUUUUAAGGGGCACUCGCUAUUUUUUUCCAGCAGGUGCGAAAGCACUUCGUUGAUCAGAUUUUGGAGUGGUUACAGAAGGUGUUGCAUGAAUGUUACUUGGAAAAAAAAAAAAAAUGUUCCUCAA